GGCCAGCAUAUCAAUCACAUCGAAAUGCGUCGGCCAAGGCAGCACAACUGGAACUCGAUCCUCGUUUCGAUCAGCAUCGUCGUGUGCUUCAUCACCGGGGCAUGCGGUCUAUUCCUUUUUCCCCCAAUCUCGGUGCUGCAGCUGACGUCGUCGAUGUCGGUGCCGAUUGAUUUACCCAACCGCAGGGUUUUCAUGGAUCUGGGCUUUCAAAUGAACUACAAUCUGCCCUUCGACCUCCUCUCAUUCUACAAUCCAACUAUUUGGCCCAAUGCGUACGAGCGACGUCGCAGGCGUGAAUCGUAUAACUUCACGAGUGCAGCCAACGAGGUAGUCGUCGCUGAGAGUGGCAUCCAUCCAAAGGACUUCACUGCCGGCGAGCUAUAUGCGGGCAUAGAGCGCCUCCUGCCGGACUACGGCUUCCACAGAUCCUGCCUGCUACGCAGCGUCUGCGAAUUGGCCCUGCAUCCCAUGGCGGAUGAUCACGGCUACAGCCAGAAUCUGUUUGUCCAGAUUAUCAACUUUGUGCUAACACCCUCGCAGCACGAUGGCUUUGGACCCAACGAAAAGCAAUAUCGAUAUCGCUAUGAGCGCGCAGAGAAAUUGGGCUUCAUGGGCGGCGACUGCCAAAAAGCGUAUCCCAAAUGUGAACUGGAUUUGCUGAGCAUAAUGACCAAGCUAGUUAUAUGAAAUAAAGCUAAGCCUAUA